GUCGGUGUGUACAGUUGUACAAUCGGUACCACGUGACCGUUUUCCUGGCUCGCGGUUGUGGCACAAAUCGUGAUUUUCGAGGCUCUUUCUCUAUGGACUAUAACGGGGAAAAACGGACAAAGACGCAUAUUUACGAAUCUUAAAAUUGGAUGUGUUAAAUUGUUUUGUUCUGGGGGUUAUUUCGGCAAUUGAGGAGCCGCUUUCAUAGGAGCUGCCGUUUAGUUUUUACUACGGGGUUUGUUUACCACAUUUCAACUUGGUUGAAAAGAGGAAACACUGAAGCAGGGGAUGCCAGAGCCGUCGGAGAUGAGUGGUCCCGAGGUAGUGAAGACGUCGGGGGGUGGGGCUCCGGGGAAGGAAGGCAAGGAGCCUGUAGCAAAUGGGCAUCCAGGAGAGGGGGAUCAGGGAGGAGACGAUCCCUUUGCUGAGUACAUGUGGAUGGAGAACGAGGAUGUUUACAACAGACAGGUUGAAGAGGAGUUGUUGGAGCAGGAGUUCUUGGAGCGUUGUUUCCAGGAGAUGUUGGAUGAGGAGGACCAGGAUUGGUUCAUCCCGGCCAGGGACCUCCCCUCGGGGGUGGGUCAGAUCCAGCAGCAGCUUAAUGGCCUGUCAGUCAGCGAUGGAGGAAACGCAGAGGAGAUGGCGAGGAAGAGCAACUUGAACCCCGAUGCGAAGGAGUUCAUUCCAGGAGUGAAAUACUAGGAGUCCCCCUCACCCCCAGGGAGCGCCCACGCACACACAAGCACGAUCUCACACACCCUCGCAGAGACUCUGGCGGCCUCGUCCGGAACACACACACACCAACACACACAGGUCCAGGGCGUGUAGGUAGAAACCCAUAGGAGGGUGGGGGGACUUUUAUUUUGAUUUUCUGUUUGUUUGAUGGUUAACUAAGGGACAGGGUGGGGGGUGUCAGUAUGAAUAAAACCCUAUCGAGGGAGCUGCUGCUCCAUGUACACUGUAAAGGUAGUGUCUCAAAUUGCACGCUAUUCCCUAUGUAGUGCACUACUUUUGACCAGGGCCCAUGGGCUUGAGUCCAUAGGGAACAGGGUACCUUUUCGGAUGCACACCGAGACGUACAUAUACAGAGUAAUGAGAAACUCUGAGAUUUACCGACCUUUUUCAUGGUUGCCAUGUUGGCACCUAAAAACUCCAUGAUAUUGCAACAGGCAAAUCGCAAAUGACACCCCGUUCCACUUUCAUUGUGCACUACCUGGUCCAAAGUAGUGCACUACAUAGGAAGUAGGGUGCCAUUUUGAGAUCUGCAUUUAUACUUUUCAUGGCUGCCAUGUUUGUGCCGGAAUGUUCCACAACAUUACCAUUCUAAUUGGAAUCCAACUAAGAAUGUUCUUGUUGCUAUAGAAUGACCCGGUGCCAACAUGGAUGACAGACAGUUGUCCGUUCUAGAACUCUGUACAUCUACGUACCUCUGGUUACAAUAUGACAUCAUAAUGACUCUGUUCAAUAGGUCGUUAUCAAUAAAAUGUCACAAUACGGUGCAGAGGUUUUGAAUCGCCUGCUGAGGGGGCAAGGAGACUCCUAGCUCCACUUAAACCGUUGACAACUGCGUGCCGUUUUCAAGGGAUUGUUAAAUAAAUGUUAACUAUUUGGUUGUAAUAUCAUCUCCUCUUGAAGCCCAGAGUCAAAAAUACAAACGUCAGAUUAUUCCACAUUUGCCUUUAUCAUCAGUUCUAAAUGAACUGCAUACUUUCCGUGAUCAGUAAACAUCAAUUGAUCAUGGAAUUUCAGAUACGUGAGGGUAGCCUCAUGAUAUAUCUCAAUAUUGACCACCAUUGAUUGGAUAUUUGAGUGAUAGAAAGGAGAGCUAUUACCUGACAAGUAUGAGUGGUUUAGGUUAAUUUCCCAUCAGUUGUGGGCUCUGCCUGUCAAGCAGCAGAAGGGGGCAUUUGCAGAUGUAUUGUUGGUUGAUAAUGUUUACUUUGCUAGCUACUGGUAGAAACGUUGUACAGUUGGCUAAACAUAGUGGUAAGUAGACCUAAUGUACUUUUUCCCCAACCAAUAUAGGCCUACCUAGUAACGUUAGCUAACAUUAUCCCCUUUACAACAUUGUUUUUAAGAGUGUUUUAAUCCCUAUUGCUGCUGACAGAUGUGAUGGAAAUUGAUGUAACACGUCAAUGUGGCUAGCUAACGGCAGAUUGAGUCAGUGUGCCUAGCUAACGGCAGAUUGCGUCAAUGUGGCUAGCUAACGGCAGAUUGCGUCAGUGUGCCUAGCUAACGGCAGAUUGCGUCAGUGUGCCUAGCUAACGGCAGAUUGCGUCAGUGUGCCUAGCUAACGGCAGAUUGCGUCAGUGUGCCUAGCUAACGGCAGAUUGCGUCAGUGUGCCUAGCUAACGGCAGAUUGCGUCAGUGUGCCUAGCUAACGGCAGAUUGCGUCAGUGUGCCUAGCUAACGGCAGAUUGCGUCAGUGUGCCUAGCUAACGGCAGAUUGCGUCAGUGUGCCUAGCUAACGGCAGAUUGCGUCAGUGUGCCUAGCUAACGGCAGAUUGCGUCAGUGUGCCUAGCUAACGGCAGAUUGCGUCAGUGUGCCUAGCUAACGGCAGAUUGCGUCAGUGUGCCUAGCUAACUUUCAGUGUAUAAACUAGAUUGCUAUAUCCAGAUAUUGUUUGAUUUGCUUGUCCUCUAGUGGAGGUGACCGUAGUCCACUUUACCAAGAUGAGGACUUGUCCAUGUCAAGCUCUUUCCACAAGCCUAAUCUCCGAUGAAGCAAGCUAAAUUAUGUUGUCUGGAAAUCUAUUUUGCUACAUGUCAAAUUAAUGGGCUACUCUCACAUAUAAAAAAAAAUAAACAUGAUCAUUUGAUGUUUAUUGACCAUGAAAGCAUGCAGUUACUUGCUGUAUAUCUCUUGACUAUGCUCUUCAAGAGUUGAUGAAAACAGUUAUUUAGCAAUCCCUAAAAAUGGCACAUAGUUGUCAAUGUUUUUAGCGGAGCUAGGGGUCUCCUUGCCCCCCUAGCAGCCAACUCGAACACUCUGCACAGGAUUGUGACGUUUUUAUUGAUAACCACCUACAGACCUGCCUAAAUUUCCUCUUAUGACAUCAUAAACAUUCUCUGUGUAGAGCGGUUUUUAUUCCUCAUGGGUCUGGUUCCAAACCAGUUACUCCUCUCUCCUAUCCCCUAAACCCUUGUGGGUGAAAAGAUUGAGGUUCUAGCCCCCAUAUCAGAACCUGGAUCUGAAAGGUAGGUCUUGUAUGGGGAGAAUUUGAACCCUUUUGAUGGUUCUAAGUGAACAAGGGUGUAGGGGUUUGGGUAUUUUAGAGUUUGGAACGAGGCUGUUCUCUCUGGCUUGCAUCUCAAAUGGCACCCUGUUCCCCGUACAGUGUUCUACUUUUAACCAGAACCCUACGGGCUCAGGUCAAAAGUAGUGCACUAAAUAAGGAACAGGGUCCCGUUUGGGACGCGGCCUCUCAGUACUGAAAGAAUGGAAGCAUCAUGUUGAACUCUUGUUGGUUCAAUCGUGUUUAUAUAAACACCUGAUCAGGCUCUGUUUUAAAAUUUAAAUCUCAUUUAUUUUGUCUUUCGAGGAGCAAAGUUGUUUUGUCUCUCUUGGGUUGCCGUAGCCUGUGGUCAAAACGGGAAUUGGAAAUGAAUUCCAAAAUGGCACCCAUAUUCCUUCGUAUAGUGCCCUACUUUUGAUCAGGGCCCAUGGGGCUCCCAGUGGUAGUGCACCACAUGGGCAAUAGGGUGCCAUUUUGGGGUUCAUACUUGUCUGUCUUUAGCUCAGUGUCUAGGGGAGGUUCAAAUGAAUGGGCGGGACUUGAGGUCAAGUUGACUAAUCACAGGCCACGUGCACGCUGGGUCAACCAAUAAGAAUUGUCCGCCGAGUGGAUUUACAUAAAUCAUUUUCUUUCUUGUGAUUUUUGAGUUGGAAAGUCCUGACAACACAAAGUAUGAAUUUCAAUACAAAAAAAAAAGAUUAAUAAAGAUGAAAAAAUGCAGGUAAA